AUCCAAAAUCGACCUGCAGCAUCACUGACCUGUCUAUCUACUGUCGGUGUACACACGAUGCUAGAGGCUUCAGCCCUGUUGUGUACAAACAGUUUAACCAGUCAGGCCGCAGUGUGUACAUCUGGAACUGGAGCGAUUCAACAGUAAACAAGUGCAAAAGAAAGCUGAAAUCUCAUUUGAUGUACAGGUAGAUGAUAAUGGGAGUACUCAUGACAGUACUGUGACAUCUACAUCAGGUAUUCCGACUGCAGCAGGAGGUGAUAACCUGAAUGUCAUUUUCGUCACCAGCGCAAGUACCGCCGCAGUUAUCAUCGUCCCUAUCAUCAUUAUCAUCAGCGUCUACGUCUACAGACGCAGAAAAGGUCAGGUCACGUGGCACACUCAUUAUUUCAGCUACAGAGUCUUCAAAGGAGAUUAAUAUUUUUUUCCAAGUGUAUCGAUCUUUUUCCAUGAUUUUUAAACUGACAAUAUUUUUACCUCUUUUUAUUCUACGUUAACAUUCCUGCUACCCUGUUCAACAAGAAUUUGUCUUUCUAAACUAAACUUCCUGAACAUAACCCGGCCUUUGCCCACCACCAACACUCCGCUGUGUUUUGCUAUCGCUGUAUUAUUUUAUUGUAAACCGUCAUAGCCUUAUAACAUAAAGCGAUUUGUGAUCGAAAUCUCGUGCAAUUCUCGACUCAUCUCGGCGGCUGUGUGAGAUCUGCUGAUCAUUUCACCGCAAAGUUGAGGUGAGUAGCUUGUUCUAGUCUUUGAUGUAAAUGUCGUGGACAUAUUGUCCAGUCAAUAACCAAAUAUUAUAUAUAUAUAUAUAGAGAGUGGUGUCCCUUCGCCUAACGGGCUUGAGGGGGUUAGCUCUCCUCAUUGUUGUUUUUCUGCUUAGAUGUGCUGUACUUUCAUUGUCUGUUGUACCCAACUGUACUUUUUGAUGACAUCAUUGGCUUGUGCUUGGUUGUUUGCUUUCCUGUGGCAUUUUGUUUUUCUUCUCCUGAUAUCGACUUUCUCGUCGCCGUUAGUCUUCUCCUGCUAUCACAGUUUCUUCAUCUGUACAAAUCGUCUCUGUGACAGACUUUGCAUCAAUGACUCACCGUUUUAACAUUUUAGUGCUUCUUGAUCAUCUGGACAUUCUCCUGACGAUUUGACCAACGUUUCUGAUUAUCACUCUUUUCUGCUCUAGUCACAUGACUUUCCUAUCUGGAGACCUAUCUCAUCGGCAUCUUAGUCUAUGAAUGUCAUCCUGCAGGACGACCUGACAUCUUAUCUUCACAGACAGCCACAGGAAUGUUGUUUGUUGUUUUGUUGUGUUUUAAUGUGCGGAGAGCCUGGGAUGUUGCACUAUAAAAGCUGAGAUCAUUAUAUUCAAGUGAGAACUCAGGCUUCUCAGACAUGCUUGAUGAGCAGGUUUUUCUGUCUUUACACUUUUAGUUGUGCCUCUCUCCGCUUGUUUGCUGAUAUUUAUAGGACUGUGAUUUCUUUGUGUAUUAUAUGUAUUUUGUGUCUUUCUUACUGUGUGUAUGAGCCUUUCUCUUGUAAACCGCCCCAGGACAACGCACGUUAUUAUUAUUAUUCAUCACAAAUGUUGCUGUAUGUAAAGGAAGUUUACUGUAUAGCAAGUCGAGUAUUGUUUUCCCCUCUGCAGUGCAUUCUCAACGGCAACACCAAAUCCCUGUCAGUAAGACACAAUACAGUAAAAUACUUCCUCAUACACAGACACAUCAGUUCUUACAUACCGCCAACCACGUGACCCCUUGUUUCUGUGUCCUUCUUCGCCUUCCUCUGCUCUAGAGCUAACUGUCCUUUCUUUAAACCCUCGAUGGUAUGAAGACUUCAUGGCAGUGCGCGCGUCCCUGGUGUUGACGGUCAUGUUGAUGGUCAGCGUCUGCGAGACAGAAGAAACAUGCGCAGACGUGGAGUUUGCAGGUUAUAAAGAUGGAGACACUGUUACAGCUUCAGUAAACAGUUACAUCAACGUAACCUUUCACCUCAACACAUCUAACUGCACGUACACUCCAGACUGGUUCCGGUUUAAGGUGUUUUUCAGCCAGGCUUCAUUCAAUGUGGGCAUCUGCAGCGUCCUCAUCCAAAAUACGACCUGCAACAACAUAUACCAGUCUGUGUACUGUCGGUGUACACACGAUGCUAGAGGCUCGGCUAUAUUGUACAGACAGUUUAAUCAGUCAGGCCGCAGUGUAUACAUCUGGAACUGGAGCGAUUCAGCCAGUAAACAAGUACAAAAGAAAGCUCAAAUCUCAUUUGAUGUACAGAAUGAUAUUGGGAAUACACAUGACAGUACUGUGACAUCUACAUCAGAUAGCCCGACUGCAGCAGGAGGCGAUAACCUGAAUGUCAUUUUCGUCACCAGCGCAAUUACCGCCGCAGUUAUCAUUGUCCCUAUCUUCAUUGUCAUCAGCAUCUACGUCUACAGACGCAGAAGAGAGAUAGCUGUCCUUUCUUGAAAUCAUCGAUGAUGUGAGCAGCUUUCAUGGCAGUACGAGCGGCCCUGGUGUUGUUUAUCAUGUCGAUGGUCAGCGUCUGCGAGACAGAAGAAACAUGCGCAGACGUGGAGUUCGCAGGUUAUAAAGAUGGAGACACUGUUACAGCUUUAGUAAACAGUUACGUCAGCAUAACCUUUCACCUCAACACAUCUAACUGCUCGUACACUCCAGACUGGUUCCGGUAUAAGGUGUCUUUAACCCAGGGUGGAUUCAAUGUGGGCAUCUGCAGCGUCCUCAUCCAAAAUCGGACCUGCAGCAUUACCGACCUGUCUGUGUACUGUCGGUGUACACACGAUGCUAGAGGCUCGGCCCUGUUGUACAGACAGUUUAACCAGUCAGGCCGCAGUGUCUACAUCUGGAACUGGAGCGAUUCAACAAGUAAACAAGUUCAAAAGAAAGCUCAAAUCUCAUUUGAUGUACAGGUAGAUGAUAAUGGGAGUACUCAUGACAGUACUGUGACAUCUACAUCAGGUAUUCAGACUGCAGCCGGAGGCGAUAACCUGAAUGUCAUCUUCGUCACCAGCGCAGUUACCGCCGCAGUUAUCAUCGUCCCUAUCAUCAUUGUCAUCAGCGUCUACGUCUACAGACGCAGAAAAGCAAGAGCAAUCCAUCCGUCAGCAGACGACAGACUAGAAGAAAAUCCAGACACAGCCCCGUCCCAGUCUCUGUCCCUUCGGGAGAACAGUCACUCUCUACAAAAAGAGUAUGAAUAUUCUGAAAUAACAGACGACGCUGCACACCAAGGAACUCAUCACCUGACAGAGUUCAUGAAAAUUACGAACACCCUCUACAAGAUGAAGGCGCAGGUCACUCUGACUAUUCGCGGUUAGUGUAUAAAGGUCUGUGGAGAAACGGCAACGGCAAACGGUAAAGAGGACAGCAACACCAAGAUGGCGGAACUUCCGGUGUCAGACGUCGCCACGACCGAACAGUCGGCAGGUCCAACCGUCACACGCUGCCUCCCUGAUGACUAUUUGGAACCUGUGACCCACAGAUACAGGGACAACCUCGCCACCUCUCCCCAAAUUUGCAUCAUGACUGCAUUCAGUCUCUGUUACCAUGGAGACACUUUAUGUGAAUCUACAGUACAGUUGUAGUACUCUGUUCGGAGAAUAGCAACAUUUUUCAUCGUUGUUUGGUUCACAAUCUAGUCCUAGAACUUGCGACACAUGUCAUCAGUAUCAUCGGCUCUAAAACCUUUUUUGUGUCCAGCAGCCUGCAGACCCGAGCCCAGCCUCUGAAACCCCAUCACGUGUCGCAGCUGCAUGUUCUUCCUUUUAUUAAUGAUGUGUGACUCAGGACUAACUUCCUUCUUUAGCAAGGAACGAGAGAAAAAGUCAGACUGGCAAACAAAAAAAAAAUUUCUUGUUCAGACCUGCUAAGAUUUUAUUAACUAUUCUGUGUAUAGAAUGUUUCAUAAAUGCGCGUCUUCCUCUUGAUUUAUGUAUUUCAGAAAUAAAAUUUGCUACUUAUAAAAAAAA